GAUACGACUCGGUGAUAAUCUGGUGGGGUAGUGCGAUAACGAGUACAAGAACGCGUGCCUUAUGUGUAUAACUAUAACCUUUGAUUCGAUGCGAUCUGUUCUGUAAUCACAGUCGGCGCAGCCAGUUCUCCGGUCACUGCAGUUGGCUUCUUCGCGUGACUGCUAACUCCACGCGCACCGCCCGCUACUAGGACAAACUUACUUCGAAACCUAGAGUCGUGCUGUAACUGAAGUUGAAAAUCAAACCUUCCCGCCCUCCUACCGGUUUAGCGUCCCCACAAAGAAUAACUGACCGCGCAAGUUUUCGGAUUUCAAGCAUACGCCCCAAUAACUGCUGUCGCCCGCAUAACAAGAACCAGAAAGAAAUCCGAACCAGAACAGUACAGCAGCAGCGCAGAUAUGGCGGAGGGUAAAUCGGAGAAGUCGCCUUUUAUCGGCAAGCAGCAAACUCCGGUGACGCUGAAUCCUUCGUGGGAAUCUAAGCUGCCGCCACACGAAUCGAACGGCAAGGAGUCCACGUCAGUGAUUGGAAAACUGGGCUUGGCGCCAAAGGACAAGUACCUAAUUGUUUUCUUUAUCUUUCUGCUACACGGCGUGGGCACACUGAUGCCGUGGAAUAUGUUCAUCACCGCGAAGUCCUACUUUGAAGACUUUAAGUUCGGUCCGAACAACACGGUAGCCACGGACGUGAACUACCGCACCCAUUUCAUGCAGAACAUGGGCUUUGCCUCUCAGAUCCCCAAUCUGAUAUUCAACUGGCUAAACAUCUUCGUUCAUUUCGGUGGCGAUUUGACAAGCCGGAUAGUGUACAGCAUCAUAUUUGAGAUGGUUAUCCUGCUGGUGACUAUUGUGCUGGCCAUGUUGGACUCCUCCCAGUGGCCAGGCAUCUUCUUCUGGACCACCAUGGUGUGCAUUGUGCUAUUGAACGUGUGCAACGGCAUCUAUCAGAACACUAUUUAUGGGAUUGUAGCCUCACUGCCCAUAAAAUAUACUGGCGCAGUGGUGCUGGGCUCCAAUAUCAGCGGCUGCUUCACCACCGCUAUGGCCCUUAUCUGCGGAGAGAUCUUCUCAUCCAUGAGAACCUCGGCUAUUUACUACUUCGUCACAGCCAUCCUUGUACUGCUGCUCUGCUUUGACACCUACUUCGCCCUGCCCCUAAACAAGUUUUUCCGCCACUACGAAACUAUCAGCCGUAGCAGCGAAAAGAAAUCGGACUCCAAGCAGCAGCUAAAUGUGCCCUACUGGCAGAUCUUUAAGAAGGCUUCUCCACAGCUCUUCAACAUCUUCCUUACCUUCUUCGUGACUUUGUCGGUUUUCCCGGCGAUUCAGUCAAACGUGCACCGCUCUGAGGAUUUUGUGAUAGGCCAGAACUACUUCACUCUGGUAACCUGCUUCGCGACCUUCAACGUGUUUGCCAUGCUGGGCAGUUUGACCACGUCCUGGGCUCAGUGGCCUGGGCCAAAGUUCCUGUGGGUGCCGGUAGUGUUACGGCUGGUGUUCAUCCCUCUGUUCAUCAUGUGCAACUACGUUCCGCCGGACUCGGUACGUUCAUUGACCGUCUAUAUCGAAAACGAUUGGGUCUACUGGGGCAUUGGAAUAUCAAUGGCGUUCAGUUCUGGAUAUCUCAGCUCUCUGGGUAUGAUGUACGCUCCGCAAACGGUGCAUGCCAAAUACCAGACCACAGCCGGAAUGUACGCAGCUGCCAUGCUGAUCACGGGCAUCUUUUCAGGAGUACUGUUCUCGUAUCUGGGACCCUACUUCGUCAUUUAGCUUGCAUUUCUCGUAUGACACUUACUAACAAUUGCCCAUUUCAUUGUUCAUUUUAUAACCCGUAUUUGACCCAUAUAGAAUUUAGUUUUGGGCUCAAGACCAGUUCUGGGACCUGGCCAGUUGGCUUCGUUUUAACCAAACAUUUUGACAUGUUUCAUUUAAUAAAGUUUUUCAAUUUAUAUUUUAA